UGAUGAUGGGCAGGCAUCAUAUGUUCUGGCGGGAUUGGUUGCGGCGGAUUCAUUGCGAUUGGAUGGAAACGGGGGAGGCUCAUGGUGUUGACAUGAUGCCCGGGGGCACCUCCGUUCAUGCCAUUUUCGUGCACAGAUGCUACAGGAGGUGCUGCAACUGUCAUGGUAGAGGGGACUGAAGAAGAAAAAUCCAGUCAGAGAAUUAGUUGAUCGAAUCUACCGCUUUUGAGUUCUGGCAUGCACAUGGAAACUUUGUUGAAGAGUGCAGAUGAUAUGACUCCGAGGGGGGGGGAGAGCGGAAGAAAAAGCAGCAGGAAAUGAGAUCUGAGGAAUAGCUGAAUAAGAUGAAAGAGGGGAAAGAGAGAGGAACGAAGGAGUACAAGUGUAAGGCAGGGUGAAAAAGGGAGAUGCGAGAAGGAGUCGAAGGAGAGAGGACCAAAAGGGAAGAAGUUUAUGACUGGAUGAUAAGAAGAGGAUACAAUGGGCUAGUUGGCAGAGGGAGGGAAAGGCCAAGGCUUCGCGGAGAUGGAACAGAAUGCGUGGCAGAUGUAGAGUUUGGGGUAUUGACGAGAGCAAGUAGCAACAGAGAAGAGAGGGACUUACACUUGCAGCAAAUAAUCAGAAGAAUAGAAUGUCAAACGCAGCCAAGGACUACUUCCACCAAGCAGAGAAGAAAAAGAGGCCGCUAGUGCGAUGCACCUUGCCCGUUUUUUUGUGUUUUCUCUCACCAGGAAAUUUCCCGCGGGUUUUCCCUCGAAUGUCGAUGGCGAUGGUUGUCAACCCACUAGAGUUGAGGGACAAAUGCAAAGUGGUUAACGGCUAAGCAAGGGAUCCAAUGGAUUGAAGGAGGAAGGCAGGCAAGACUGGUGUCAGAGUGGUGCCUGUUGAGAAGCGCGCGCAAAAGAGAUAGUCUAGCGGGCAGCGAUCCUAAUGGAAGGUUUGCAUGAAAGUUUAAUCCAAGGGGGAAAGUAAAAGAAAAAGAAAAGGAAGAGGGAAAAUAGAGUAAAAAGGAAAAGAAAAAGAAAAAGGAACAAAAAUAAUAAAUUUAAG